AGGGUGGGACCUAAAGCUCUCUCCAAUCUGCCACUGGCCUGAGGACUACCCAAUCCCGCACACUGACCAGAGAGUAGCGUGCGGGCUUUCACAUUCUUGUUGGGGUCUUGACUUCCGGACGUGGCCAUUUUGGGAUUUGCUCAGGUUUUCCGAGCCUGCAGGUCUUGAAUCUGGACAUGGGGUUGGUGUCCUUUGAGGACGUAGCUGUGGACUUCACCUGGAGAGAGUGGCAGGACCUGGAUGCUGCUCAGAGGACCCUCUACAGGGACGUGAUGCUGGAGAACUACAACAACCUGGUGUUCUUGGGGUACUGCAUGACCAAACCCGAGUUGAUCUUCAAGUUGGAACAUGGAUUUGAUACUUUUAUCAUAGGAGAAUCCUCAGUCUGGAGUCUCACAGGUGUUCAUAAAAUGUGUGCUCCAAGUGAGACUGGCCUGGAAAAUCAAGAGAUACAUUUUUGGCAAAUAGGAAGCACCAACAGCAAUCUGUCAACUGAAGAAAUGAUUGAAGCAGGACAGGGGGAACAACAAGAAAUCCAUCAAGGUGCAAAAUCCUGUGAAUGUAAAGCGUGUCUGAAACUGUUUAACCAGAAGUCACAACAGGGAAAAAAUACCAUAUACCACUCAAGUGUGAAACCCUAUGAAUGCAAGGAUUGUCAGAAAGCUUUCUCUUAUAAGUCAACCCUCACUGAACAUCAGAGAGCUCAUACAAGAGAGAGGAUCUAUCAAUGUAAAGACUGCAGUGACGCUUUCCCCUCCAAGUCAGAACUCAUUGCACAUUAUAGAACUCAUGGAAGUGAGAAGUCCUUUGAAUGUACACAGUGCGGGAAAGCUUUCUUCUGCAAGUCAACCCUCACUGUACAUCAGAAGAAGCAUGCUGGUAAGAAGUCUUACGAAUGUGAAGAAUGUGGGAAAGCCUUCUAUUAUAGGUCAGUACUUAUUGCACAUCACAACACAGAGAAGAAGCCCUAUAAAUGUGAAGAAUGCAGUAAAACAUUCUGCCACAAGUCACACUUACAUCAUAGAACUCAUACAGGUGAGAGACCCUAUGAAUGUAAGCAAUGCAGGAAAGCUUUCGUCUGCAAGUCAGCCCUUAAUAGACACCAGAAAAUCCAUACAGGUGAGAAGCCUUAUACAUGUGAAGAAUGCAGUAAAACUUUCUUCUACAAGUCAGACCUCACUGCACACCAUAGAACUCAUGCAGGUGAGAAACUUUAUGAAUGUAAAGAAUACGAUAAAACUUUUUACCAUAAAGGAAGCUUAGCUCGUCAUCAUAGAACUCAUACAGGUGAGAAACCCUAUGAAUGUAACACUUGCAGGAAAGGUUUCUACGAGAAGUCAACUCUCAUUGUACAUCAGAGAACUCAUACAGGUGAAAAGCCUUAUGAAUGUGAAGAAUGCUUGAAAUCAUUCUCCUGCAAGUCUGAGCUCAUUGUACACCAUAGAAUCCAUACAGGAGAGAAGCCCUAUGAAUGUGAAGAUUGUGGAAAAGAUUUCUACUGCAAGGCAACUUUCACUGUACAUCUUAAAAUCCAUACAGGUGAGAAACCCCAUGAAUGUAAAAAAUGUGGUAAAGCUUUCUACCGCAAGUCAAACUUAAAUCGACAUCAUAAAAUUCAUAGAGAUGAGAAACCUUACAAGAAAGCUUUCUUAUGAAGUCAGAACUGACUCAACAUCAGAAAACUCACACAUACACAUGAGAAGUCUUCUAUAAAGAAUAUAUAAAAGUGCUUUCCUGUGACUCAUCUUAGUCAACAUCAAAA